AUGUCCCGGUUCUCGCGCUACGAUGCGGACGACGAACGGCUACCCGAGGGUAUGCAGAGAGUAGGGUACGACGCCGACACCCAGACAUACACAUACCGCGACUCGGAUGGUAGCUAUUGGGAGGGCGCUCCGGGCAACGAAUUCGGGCAUUUGAUGCAAGUCUCGAGCGGCGGCGGCGGCGGUUCAUCGGCGCCUGCGAUGGAGUCUGCACCCCGACGUGUGCUGUGGGAGGAGGAGAGGAGGAAUUGGCGACAAGGGUGGCAGCCACUGCUCAACUUCUUCCUCAUCAUUGGGCUGUUCCUGAUGUUGCUUACGUGGUGGCUCUAUCGAACGCCCACAGAGGAGCUCGCUCAGUGCGACGAACAGGCAGUGCCGUACAAGAUUCACAAGGGCGAUACAUGCUGGGCCAUCGCAGAGGAGCACAAAAUGAGCGUGGAGGAUCUGGUCAAAGCAAACGACGGGCUUAACUGUGAUAAGCUGAGGAUUGGAGGCUCAAUCUACAUCAUCAUGGCCCCUCGUAUCCCCGCCGCCAGGUCUACAGAGACUCUCUGCUACGGCGUUGCUACUGUCGGCGCUUUCUUGCCCAUCUACCUCAUGCUACCCGGUGCUGAGCAGCGUCUCGCCAUGCAGACGACAAAAUGGGCGCCACGCUGGGAGCGCAACGUUUCCUACUUCACCCCAGCCGCAGAGAGGGGCAUCAAGCGUGUCGAGCCCCCGGUCUCCCGCAUGGUGAAGCGUAUCGAUGACAGGCUACCCCUCGAGAGGAUGGCCAAGGGCAUCGACAGGCGUAUCAAGAACGGAAUUGAGCGCUUCAACAACACUAAGUAA